CUUAAAUAUAGAACUGAAGUAAUCGGCAGUUAUCAGAGCAAUAUAUGUAACAUCUUUAGGAAUUUAUUGUGGAUUUCUUGCAUUCUAGAGUCAGGUUCUGUUGAAGUCCACUUUGCCUUAUCCUUCCAAGGUACCAGUCAAGGCAAUAGAAAGGAAAAAUUUUUACAGCAUCACACAGAAUGCCUUGUAGUAUUUAUUCUCACUCUUUAUAUUUUGAGUUCAAAUCCUGUUGUAGCUUCAUAGGUGACAGAUUGAAUAAGUCCCCAUUUUUACUUAUUUCUCUGUCAAGGGGAAUUGUUUCUGACUUAUCAAUAAAAAAUGCAGGCAUCCCCUACAUUACAGCUACCUCAGGUUAUGGGAUUGUGUGCUUAUGGAAAUUGUAAAGUAUGACUAAUAAUUUCAGGAUACAGUCUGUAAUUUCACUCUUACAGAAACUUGGAUUGCAUAGUUUUAAAUUAUUAAUUUAGGAUUACACUUUCUUCUUAGUUCAAUGACCACUUAUGUUUUAGUUAAGAUCAAAGUAUAUAGUUAACAAUUUGAAAAAUUAUCAUCACAUUACAUACGUACACACACAUGUAACGCACAUAAUGUGAGUGUGUGUGUGUGUUUCUACCUCCAAAACAACCCACCAACAGUAACAGUAAUGUACAGUAUGAAGAAGUUAAGUAAAUCCAUUUCAAAUGAAAAUAAUUUGGUAUCCUAAUCUAUUUUAAAAGUUGAAUGGAAUGCCUUUGAUCUUAGCUUUAAACAGGCACAACAAUACAUCUAGCAAGAACAAUAUGACCACCAACACUUGCUCACUGUGACAAACUUCUAAACCUAUGCAACCCACGUCAUCACCAUAUUAACCCACCAACUAUGGAAUCCAACUGGUUUUAACAGCUAUCAGCAUGUAUGCCAAUAUGUGCAUGUGUGUGUAUGUGUAUGAGUGUGUUUAUGUCUUACAUCGGAAGUGCAAGUGGUGAAUUACCUAUAAAAUCUGGUGACUCUUCAGCUAACUGUAAUUAUAUAGUACUUUCUCUUCCUCAGUCCAUCACUUUUUUCAUCUCAAUUUCAUUAUUACAUCUAUAGGAAUAAGACAAUUUUCUACUCUCACAACACAUCUGUCCUGGGCAGUUUUUUUUACUUCCUAUUUGUUGAUCAUUAAUUACCACUGCUGUUGGAUUUACCUACAAUUUAAGCUCUCUGGAAAGAAGCUAUCAAAUAGAACUGAAGGCAAUAGCAUGAAAAGGAACUGUAAAGAGAUUACACUGGGUAUUAAACUUAAUGUUUUAAAAAGACUUAAUGCAGGAGAUGAACUAAGUUAUAUUACUGAAGUAUUAAAUCUUACAAUGUUUACAGUUAGAACAAUAUGUGACAUCAAAGAGAAAAUUAUGUCAAGUGCUCAAGAAGCCACUCUGUUAACUGUCCAUAGAUCUAAUGUAAUGCUUAAAAUGGAACAACUCUUGAGUAUAUAGAUCAAAGAUUAGAAACAGCAUAAUGUGGCAGGCAGUAAACAUGUUGGUAAAUUGAAAAAAAGCCAAAAGUUUAUAUGAUGAUUUGCAGGAAAAAGGUGAAACUUCUAAUGAAAAACCCUUUUUGGCUAGUCAAGACUGAUUUGAAGCACAUGAAUUUGCACAACAUAAAAAUGGCUGAUGAAACUGCAAGCACUGAUAUAGAGGCUGCUGCUAACUAUCUUGCACACAUGAAGAAAAUGAUUGCUAAAAGGGGGCUACACACCAAAGCAAAUAUGCAACAUUAAUGAAACUGCACAUUUCUGGAUGUGCAUGCCUGGUAGAACUUUUUAUUUCUCAAGAAGAAAAUUCAACACCAGGAUUUAAAGCUUCCAAAUAUCAUCUGACACUUCUUUUGGGAGGAAAUGCUGCUGCUGAUAUGAAAUUAAAGCCCUUACUCAUGUAUCACUCUGUAAAAACAAUGGUUACAUGAAAUUUAAUCUACCUCUGAUUUGGCAUUCAAAUAAGGCAUGAAUGACUGAGAGCCUUUCCAAAGAGUGGUUUAAAAAUGUUUUUUUUUUUGUCAUGUAGUAGAAAGGUACAAUACCUGACAAUAUUUCCAGCAAAGUAUUGCUUCUUUUAAACAAUGCACCAAGUUACCCAGUGAACUUAGAUGACCUUUCUGAUAAUGUGAAUGUAGAAUAUAUCCCCAAGAAUACUUCUUUGCUCCAGCCAAUGGAUCAAGGUGUGAUAGCUAACUUAGAGGCAUAUUAUAUGAGAAGAACUUUCAAAUAACUUCUGAAAGCAAUUGACAGGGAAAGUAAACCUACAAUUAGAGAUUUCUGGAAGAAAUUCAAUGUAAUAGAUUCUGUGGAUAAUAUAGCUGAGUUAUGGGAAGAAGUGGAAAAACAUAUGGGCAGACUGUGACAUAACAAGUGUCAAGCAGAAAGACUACAUCAAAUUCAGAAAGAUAUUGUGGCACUUACAAAGGAUAUAAGAUUUGAAGUCAUAGAGGAUGAUGUGAUUGAGUGUCCCAUCUAAUGAGGAGCUGAUGCUCUUAGAAAAAGAACAAGCUGAGAAUAUAGAUGAGACAAUGGAAGUUCCUCAUAUACUACUUAAAUUGACUAUAAAAGUUAUUGCUAUAGGGUUGGCACUUUUAGAGGAAGGUCUGCAGGUUUUUCUGAUAAUGAUUCUAAUUGUGAACAUUACAUAAAAAUUACAAGAGGAAUUUACAAGAAACUCAGUUCCUAUAUUGAGCUGUACAAAGUGAUGUUGUAUCAUAAAAAACAAACAAUAAGUUCUUCACCUCUCAAGCCAUUGUUCAUGAUAAUGGACUCCGAGAUAGUAAAUAUUGUCCCUCAUCCUCUUAGUAACACUCAUUCCACCCCCACCCCACCCCUACACACACAAUAGUCAACAUCUUUUGAGAUUAUAAACACUGGUAAGAACAACAACAGUAAUAGGUUUCAAAUAAAGAAAGGCCAUAUUACUGAAAUGGCAAACAAAAUUAAAGAUGGGAUCCAAAUUGGAGCCAUGAUGUCAAGCAAAAAAAUUUCAGUUGGAUCUAAGAAGAAAAAGCUUGCAAAAGUGCAAUUUGAAUACAUUCCUGAAGCAGAAGAUGAACUGGAGCUUCAUAUUGGAGAUGUUCUAGAAGUGUACCGUGAGGUUGAAGAAGGUUGGUGGGAAGGUCAACUAAAUGGUAAAGUUGGUAUGUUUCCUUCUAAUUUUGUUGAAAUCCGUGAAAAUCCAGAUGAAGAAGAAAGAGAAAAAAGUGUGAAAACAGAUGAACCUGAAAAGAAAGAUAGUAGCAUUGAUCCUGAAACUAAAGGAAAGAAAGUUAAAGGAGUUGGUUUUGGAAAUAUAUUUGGUAGUGGUCCAAUCAAGUUACGACCCUCAUCAGGUGUAUGGAAAGGUGAGACUGAAGAAAGCAAGGUUGAAAAAGUUUCUGGAAGUGCAUCAACUACAGUUAAAAAGAGCAAGCAAUUGGAAAUGGCUAUUGCUCGAUUCUCUUACCAUGCUGAGAAUGAAGAUGAAUUAACAUUAAAAGAAGGUGAUACCAUUACAAUUCUUAAAAAAGAUCUGGAAGAUGUUGGUUGGUGGAAAGGAGAACUUAAUGGGAGAAUUGGAGUAUUUCCUGACAACUUUGUUGAGAUAAUUCCUACUCAAGAGGAGACUCCGAAAAUAAAGAAAACUUAUUCAACUUCUUCACAAGAUUCUUCUGUAUUGUCUUCACAAAACAAUAAAUCAACUCGAAGUAACAAUGAAUCCAACAAAGUUGACAAUAAACACAACAAUAACAAAGAUUCCCUUUUAGGAACCAAUGUACAAAGCAGUUUUAAAAGAAUUCGUGAUAAUGAUUAUGACUCCAUAGAAGAGAGUUUGCUGGAGAAAGAAAGCAACCGGUUUAAAAUGACAGCAACAGACUGCAGCAAUUCACCACAUUCCAGAAGCUACUUUGAACAUAAUGCAGAAUGGUGCAUCAACAUCUACUGCCCAAUCUGAUAGAAUUCUGGCAGUACUGUGUAGCAACAGAUUGCCAGCAAUUGCUUCAUCAGAUAUUGCUGUCCUAGCUCCUGCAAAAAGGGAUUACCCUACUAUGU